CGUAUGUUUUCAAGAAUAGGGCCACUGCAUCUUUUGUUUUGCAACUGUUGAAAGUUUCUUCGAUCCGAUAGGAUUAUUUCUCUAAAUUUAUAAGUAUAAUCCAAUCAACGCGAUGAAAACUUUCGAUAGUUUCAAGACAAACAUAUGAAGCGUUUAUCAAUAAUCAGUUCUUCGUUGUUUCGAUUAUUAAUGGUUACUCGUACACUAUUAGGCCUAUUCGUGUUGCUGCCCUUUUUGAAUUAAUUUCUUUGUCGUCUCUCUCUUUCUUACGAUCGAAUAUAUAUUUAUCUCAUCUCGAGUGCAAAAAUUUUUGGGGAUUUCAAGCAACUCGAACAGACCUAUUAUUAUCGUCUUGUUUGUUAUCGGUUAUUAUAACAACUUUUUUGGUAAUUGGACACAAUGCCAAAAUUACCACGUAUUACCAGAUCCUUGCGGAUGUUUACUUCUCUGGAGCGUAGAGAAGAAACGUUGGACUUCAAGCCAAAUAACUUACUAAAAAAAAGGCAAGAACGAGCGAAAAAAUCGAAAAGCAAUCUUAAUUGGCAUGAUAUAUGUAAAAGUGCAUCUAAAGAACUUUUAAGUCAUCUGCUAACAUUGAGAAACAAAGUGCAGCAAGCUUUAGCAAAUGAUUCCUUAGACGUUAUUAAUGAAUUCACAGUUUACGCAUUACGUUUAUUAAUCGAAGAUACCAUCUUGUCACGUAAAAAAUAUGAUAUGCUUGGCCAAAAAUCAGGACAUUUAACGUAUCAAUGUGCAGAAGCUAUGAUGGUGAUAAUCACUAAAAUUCGAAAGGAAUGUUACGAUGAAGCUGUAGAAUUAUUAUCGGAGUCUAAAGAGAAUGCAAACGUUCCAAACUCGCAAAUUUUUGGCGCAAAUAUUCACUAUAAUUCAGCUAGAACCGUAUGGCCUGAUACUGUUAAACUUCAUGAUAUGUCUACAGAAAAGAUAAAUUCAAAUGCUGAUAAAUUUACAACAAUGGUAUAUGAAACGAAACCUUUAACACAGAAAUCUGCAUUUGACAAAGCGACAUUUACAAAAGGAUUGAAAAACUGUUAUAUUGAAUAUGAAACAGUAAUGUCAUAUCAAGAUUUUGCAAUGGCGAUAGUAGAAAAAUUAAGAACCUCGAAAAAUUUACAAAUGGAACUGGUCGAUAUGUUGGGCUGUGAGCACUUGGAAUUUAUCGAAUACAUUAUUGAACACCAGAAAAUUAUUGUGUCAACGUAUCAUCUUUCUUCAAAAAUGACCAAAAGACCGCAAACGACUGUACAGGGCCCUAUAAUGAGUGGCCAGGUGACCGUGCAAUCCGAUGUGGAAAAACAAUUGUGCAAACAAGUGCGUAAGGAAGAAAAAAAGUUUAACAGAAUGGCGAAUAGGCGAGACGCUAAGUCGGAAGCCGAGGAGAAAGAAUUUGAUUUGAUUGAAAUGCAAAUUAAAAAACAAGAAGCAUUUAAAGCUAUGUGCACCCCAAUAUUUCCUAAACGAGAUACUCUGACAAGAGGAACACAGGAACAUUAUCCAUUUGUAUUUGAUUCUAAAGCGAGUGCUAAAGCAAGCAUCGUGUCAGGACAAAAGUUAAUGUUGGCCGAAGAUGUUAAAAGGGAGGAUAGUGAACUUUGGGAGCAAGUGCAUAUACCGAUAUCAAAACGAGAAUCUAUCGAUGUUAAGAUAAAUUCCGUGUCGAUAUCUUCUCUAGACGAGAUUGGCCAAAUGGCCUUCAGUGGCGUAACGUUGUUAAACAAUAUUCAAAGUAUAGUUUUUAACGUGGCGUAUAAUACUAACGAGAACCUAUUGAUUUGUGCGCCAACCGGCGCAGGAAAGACGAACGUGGCUAUGUUAACUGUGGUGCACCAAUUAAAGCAGAACAUUCAGAACGAGCAAUUGCAGAAGAGUCAGUUUAAGAUAAUCUACAUCGCGCCCAUGAAGGCCCUUGCGGCAGAGAUGACCUCUAACUUCAAUAAGAGACUCGGUCCGCUGGGUGUGUGUGUUCGCGAGCUGACCGGUGAUAUGCAGCUAACGAAACGAGAAAUCCAGGAGACUCAGAUGAUAGUGACCACACCGGAAAAAUGGGACGUCGUCACGAGGAAAGGUACGGGCGAUAUCUCUCUUACUAGUAUCGUGAGACUGCUUAUCAUCGAUGAGGUACAUUUGCUGCACGGCGACAGAGGACCAGUGGUGGAGGCACUAGUCGCGAGAACCCUGCGCCAGGUGGAAUCGUCACAGAGCAUGAUCAGGAUAGUCGGACUAUCGGCGACACUCCCAAAUUAUGUGGAUGUUGCACGGUUUUUGCGCGUCAACCCCUAUAAGGGAUUAUUCUACUUUGAUCAUCGCUUUCGGCCGGUUCCGCUCAGUCAGACCUUUAUCGGCGUGAAGGCUGUCAAGCCGCUGCAACAGAUGAAUGACAUGGAUCACGCGUGUUAUGACAACGUCGUGGAGAUGUUGCGACAGGGCCAUCAGGUCAUGGUGUUCGUGCAUGCGCGAAAUGCCACUGUGCGGACGGCGAAUGUUCUAAAAGAAAUGGCGUUGAGAGACGAUAACAUAAAGUACUUUCUAUCCGAUGGACAGGCAAAACACGUGAACAAGGCCUUUGCGAAAUCGCGUAACGUAUUUCUCAAAGAGCUGUUUAACAGUGGGUUGUCAGUGCAUCACGCUGGUUUAUUGCGUUCCGACAGGAAUCUGGUCGAAAAAUACUUCGCUGACGGUCUGAUCAAAGUGUUGGUGUGCACUUCUACACUGGCGUGGGGUGUGAAUUUGCCCGCUCACGCGGUCAUCAUACGCGGCACUGAAAUUUACGACUCGAAACACGGCACAUACGUAGAUCUGGGCAUCCUAGAUGUGGUGCAGAUCUUUGGCCGCGCCGGCAGGCCGCAAUUCGACAAGUCGGGACACGCAGUCAUUAUUACAUCGCAUAAUAAGCUCUCCCAUUACCUGUCGCUGCUGACGAAUCAAAUACCGAUCGAGAGCAGCUUUAUCACGUAUUUGGCCGACAAUCUGAACGCCGAGGUUGCUCUGGGCACGAUAUCGAAUGUCACGGAGGCGGUCGAGUGGCUGAGCUAUACCUAUCUAUUUGUACGAAUGAGGAUAAACUUUCAGGCGUACGGCAUGAUCUAUCAGGACUGCCAGAAUGAUUUGAAUCUCGAGAGGAAGCGAAAGGAGCUCGUGGAUGUCGCCGCCCGGGCGCUGGACAAGGCGCAAAUGAUCAGAUACGACGCGCGUACCGGUGAUCUCAAUGCGACCGAUUUGGGACGUAUCGCGAGUCAUUACUAUCUCAAGUAUGAUACGGUCGAGAUUUUCAAUGAGCUACAGAAGCCCAUCAUGACUGAGCCGGAAAUUCUGGCGAUGAUAUCGCACGCCCAGGAAUUCGAGCAACUCAAGAUACGGGACGAUGAAGUGAACGAACUGGACGAACUGAUGCAAGAUUGUCAGCUCAUCGUGCAAGGAGGUGUGGAAAACGUUUAUGGUAAGGUCAAUAUAUUGCUGCAGACAUAUCUGUCCAGGGGGCGGGUGAAUACGGCGUCAUUAAUAUCCGAUCAAGCGUACGUCACGCAGAAUGCUAUACGGAUAGUCAGAGCUCUAUUCGAGAUUAUGCUCAGGCGCAACAACGCGAUAAUGGCCGGGCGGCUGCUACACGUGGCCAAAAUGUUCGAGACGCAGCAGUGGGACUUCCUGACACCUCUACAUCAAUUUGAUUGUCUUUCCAUGGAGAUUGUUGACAAAAUUAACACUCAGAACCUCCAGAUUCAUCGGCUGCAGGAAAUGGACGUGAAGGAAAUAGGUAAUAUCUUGCGAGAUCAACGAGCGGCGACACUGGUGAAGAAAUGUUGCAACGAAUUGCCCGCGUUGGACGUGGAAUAUAGUUUACAACCUAUUACGCGCACCAUUCUAAGGAUACGGCUCACCCUGAUCCCGCGGUUCCGCUGGAACGAUAAAGUUCAUGGGAAAAACUCGCUGGCCUUCUGGAUAUGGAUCGAAGAUCCAGAUCAUAACUUUAUUUAUCAUCAUGAAUAUUUUAUACUGACGAGAAAAAUGGUCCUUAUGGAUCUCGAACAGGAGCUCGUCGUCACCAUACCAUUGUCCGAGCAGUCACUGCCAACGCAAUACCUGAUAAAAGUUACGAGUGAUCACUGGCUCGGCUGCGAGGCCACGUUUCCAUUGACCUUCCACGAUCUCAUCUUGCCAGAGACUCAUCCUCCGCAUACGAAUUUGUUAGAAUUACAGCCGUUACCGAUUACCGUUCUCAAAGAUCCAGAGUUGGAGAGUCUGUACAACUUCUCCCACUUCAAUCCGAUACAAACACAGAUCUUUCAUUGUCUCUAUCACACAGAUAACAAUGUUCUUCUCGGUGCUCCAACCGGCUCAGGAAAGACCAUCGCAGCGGAGAUCGCUAUAUUUCGCGUUUUCAAACAGUAUCCCGAUCGCAAGGUUGUUUACAUAGCGCCCCUAAAAGCUCUGGUUAGGGAACGCAUAAACGAUUGGAAGAUACGAUUAGAGGAACGAUUAGGUAGGAGGGUGGUAGAGCUGACCGGAGACGUAUCGCCCGAUGUGAAGAUCAUAGCCGGCGCGAAUGUCAUCGUCACGACACCCGAAAAGUGGGACGGUAUCAGCCGGAGUUGGCAGACGCGAGGCUACGUAAAAAAGGUGGCACUUAUAGUGAUCGACGAGAUUCAUCUGCUAGGUGAGGAUCGCGGACCGGUACUCGAGGUGAUUGUCUCACGCAACAACUUCAUAUCCUCGCACACGUGUAACAAGGUCCGAGUCGUGGGUCUCUCAACCGCGCUAGCCAAUGCGCGAGACCUGGCCAAUUGGCUCGGCAUUGAGGAGAUGGGUCUUUAUAAUUUCCGGCCGUCCACGAGACCUGUGCCAUUGGAGGUUCAUAUCAGCGGGUUUCCCGGCAAGCAUUACUGUCCCCGAAUGGCGACUAUGAACAGACCGACUUUCCAAGCGAUUAGGCAACACGCGCCCGACAGUCCUUCCCUCGUGUUCGUAUCCUCUCGCAGGCAAACACGCUUGACCGCCUUGGAUUUGAUCGCUUAUCUUGCAGCGGAAGACAAUCCCAAGCAGUGGUUGCACAUGCCGGAAGAGCAAAUGAAUGACAUUUUGGAAAAUAUUAAUGAUUCUAACCUAAAGCUCACGCUCGCCUUUGGAAUUGGCCUUCAUCACGCUGGUCUUCAAGAUAGAGACAGGAGAAUUGUCGAAGAAUUAUUUGUCAAUAAUAAGAUACAGGUACUAAUCACUACAGCCACUUUGGCUUGGGGCGUUAAUUUCCCCGCUCAUCUAGUGGUGAUAAAGGGCACGGAGUAUUACGACGGCAAGCUGAAGCGUUACGUAGAUAUGCCGAUAACGGAUGUUCUCCAAAUGAUGGGUCGCGCUGGUAGACCACAGUUUGAUAAUUCCGGUGUAGCAGUCGUUCUCGUACAUGACUUGAAGAAGAAUUUUUAUAAAAAAUUUUUGUACGAACCGUUUCCCGUGGAAUCGAGUUUAAUGGGAGUAUUGCCGGAUCACAUUAACGCCGAGAUCGUCGCUGGUACUAUCAAGAACAAACAGGAGUUUCUCGAUUACCUAACAUGGACAUACUAUUUUCGAAGAUUGAUGAAAAAUCCUCAAUAUUACGACCUGGAUAUCUUGGAGCCUCAUUGUAUCAACGAAUAUCUCUCGAGAUUGAUAGAGACCACUGUAAAGUCGUUAAUUGAUUCACAUUGCAUCGACUACGAUGAGGACGAGCAAACUCUAGUUUCACUGCCUACAGGCAGGAUAGCGUCGUUCUAUUAUCUAUCACACAAUACGAUGCUAAUAUUCACACAAUCGCUCAAGGAAAACUUGACAUUGAAUCAGUAUUUACAUAUACUCUGCGACUCACACGAAUACAACGAAUUACCUGUGAGACAUAACGAGGAAUUGUUAAAUGAGGAACUGGCGGAACGGUGCCGUUACUCCGUGAAUCAGUACGAUUCUCCACAUGCAAAAGCGUUUCUCCUGCUGCAAGCGCAUUUCUCAAGACUACCGCUACCUUGUACUGAUUAUAUCACAGAUUUAAAAUCUGUGCUCGAUCAAGCAAUUAGGAUAUUACAGGCAAUGAUCGAUACAGUUGCGGAACGUGGAUGGUUAAUGAGCACAUUAAAGAUAAUGCAACUUUUUCAAAUGAUUGUGCAAGCACGAUGGAUAGACGAAUCUGCAAUUACAACGUUGCCGUAUAUAAGAAAGGAAGACCUGCAUUUGUUUUCAUCGUUGUCGAUGGCUCUUCCGGUAUUGUGUUCUAUUACAGGCGAUAAUUACAACAAACUCGCAAAAAUUUUACGUGGAGGACAGUAUCGGGAAGACCAAAUACGUGAGAUAUAUCAAGUAAUUAGAGACAUGCCGAUAAUAUCCGUUGAUUUAACAUUGGAGAAUUCAUUGGACAGCGUUGAAAAGAAAAUAUCGUUGAAGCCUGAUAACGAUGAUUCCAUAGCUGUUCGACGAAAUGAAGACUAUACAUUAAUUGUUGGACUGAAAAGAAAAAAUAAUUCCAGAACUUUAAAAGCACACUGUCCGAUGUUCUCAAAAGGAAAGGAUGAAAGCUGGUUUUUGAUAUUGGGCGACAUUCAAAAUAAAGAAUUGUGGGCUCUAAAAAGAGUAUCUGGUAUAAACAGUCAGCAAAGAUAUCAUCAAUUGCAAUUUGUCACACCUAAUAGCUUGGGACCGAUGAAAUUGACAUUCUACUUAAUUUCUGAUUGCUAUAUGGGAUUGGAUCAGCAAUACAGUAUUUAUUUAGAUGUAAUAUCCUAA